AGAGUAAUGUCAUGUGUGCGGUGGGCAGUCUCUCGGUCACAGCAUGACGUGACUGAAUGAGUUGGUGUGUGUGUGGAAUUGCCUCUUUCUUCAGAGACACCUGAUACACGAAUACUAAAAAGACAACCCGUAUUAGAUACAGACAUAGAGCAAGAAAGAGUAACAGGGCAUAUAUAUUUGUGAAAAAUGGAUAUAAAAGACCAAGGAGCACAAAUGGAGCCUUUACUCCCCACGGUACUUACCAGUGUUGGAAACAAGAAUGUGAGAAAUGAUGAGGAAGCGGUCGUUGACAGAGGUGGGACUCGUUCCAUUCUGAAGACUCACUUUGAAAAGGAGGAAUUGGAAGGCCACCGGACAUUGUAUAUCGGUGUGCAUGUACCCCUCGGAGGGAAAAAAAACCACAGGAGACACAGGCAUCGUGGACAUAAACACAGGAAGAGAGACAAGGAAAGGGAUUCAGGUGUAGAAGAUGGAAGGGAGUCUCCAAAUUAUGAUACUCCAUCUCAGCGCGUGCAGUUCAUUCUGGGAACUGAAGAUGACGAUGAAGAGCACAUUCCCCAUGACCUUUUCACUGAGCUCGAUGAGAUCUGUAUGCAUGACGGAGAAGAUGCUGAAUGGAGAGAGACAGCAAGGUGGCUGAAGUUUGAGGAGGAUGUGGAGGAUGGAGGAGAGCGGUGGAGUAAGCCUUAUGUUGCCACCCUGUCACUUCACAGUUUGUUUGAACUAAGAAGCUGCAUCCUCAACGGAACAGUUCUGCUUGACAUGAGAGCUAACUCGCUUGAAGAAAUAGCAGAUAUGAUCCUAGAUCAGCAAGAGGCCGUGGGACAACUGGAUGAGGAGGUCCGGAAGAAGGUGCGUGAAGCACUUUUAAAGCAGCAUCACCACCAGAACCACAAGAAACUCAGCAACAGGAUCCCCAUUGUCCGAUCAUUUGCAGAUAUUGGCAAAAAACAAUCUGAGCCCCAUUCCAUGGAUAAAAAUGGUGAGAUUGGUUAUUUACAUACAUUUAUUAGUAAUUGUAGUCCUGGAUUUACGAGUAUUCUUGUUAGGUUAGGUCAACAUACUUUACAACAGGUUGACCUGCACUUUAUGAAAAAGAUUCCUCCAGGGGCCGAAGCUUCGAAUAUUUUAGUUGGCGAACUUGAAUGUUUAAAUUGCCCUGUAGUUGCAUUUGUUCGCUUGUCUCCUGCAGUCCUUCUUUCAGGACUGGCUGAAGUUCCCAUUCCAACAAGGUUCUUGUUUAUUCUACUGGGGCCACUUGGAAAAGGUCAGCAAUACCAUGAGAUUGGCAGGUCGAUUGCAACUCUAAUGACUGAUGAGGUUUUCCAUGAUGUUGCAUACAAAGCCAAAGAUCGCAAUGAUUUGGGUGCUGGAAUAGAUGAAUUUCUUGAUCAAGUGACGGUGCUUCCACCAGGGGAGUGGGACCCAACAAUCAGAAUAGAGCCACCAAAAAAUGUACCCUCUCAGGAGAAACGUAAGAUUCCUGCAGUCCCAAAUGGCACAGCAGCACUGGGCGAUGAACCGGAGGUCGGAGGUCAUGGAGGGCCUGAGCUGGAGCGAACUGGAAUGAUAUUUGGCGGGCUCUAUUUCGAUAUCAAAAGAAAAGCGCCACAUUACUUGUCUGACUACACGGAUGCCUUCAGUCUGCAGUGCUUGGCUUCAUUCCUCUUUCUGUACUGUGCUUGUAUGUCACCUGUAAUCACGUUUGGAGGGCUACUGGGAGAAGCAACUGAAGGUCGCAUAAGUGCUAUUGAAUCAUUAUUUGGAGCCUCAAUGACUGGAAUAGCCUAUUCUUUGUUUGCCGGGCAGCCCCUCACAAUAUUAGGCAGUACUGGGCCGGUCCUAGUGUUUGAAAAGAUAUUGUUCAAAUUCUGCAAAGAAUAUGGCUUGUCCUACCUCUCACUGAGAACCUGUAUAGGACUCUGGACGGCAUUUCUUUGCAUUCUCCUCGUUGCCACAGAUGCAAGCUCCCUGGUGUGCUACAUAACCCGUUUCACCGAAGAAGCUUUUGCUUCCCUUAUCUGUAUUAUUUUCAUUUAUGAGGCCCUAGAGAAGUUGAUUCACCUUGGUGAAACAUAUCCGUUCAACAUGAACAAUAAAUUGGAGAUGCUUACUCAAUAUUCAUGUGUAUGUACUGAGCCAACAAACCCCAGCAAUAACACCCUGGAGUACUGGGACACGCAGAACAUCACUGUGUCAGAUGUGACUUGGGGGUCUCUAGAUGUGCAUGCAUGCAUAGAGAAACAUGGAGAGUUUCUGGGAAAUGCUUGUGGGCCCCAUGGUCCUUACGUCCCAGACGUUCUCUUCUGGUGUGUUGUCCUCUUUUUCUCGACGGUCAUAAUGUCUGCCUUUCUAAAGGAUUUCAAGACCAGCCGCUAUUUCCCCACUAAGGUGAGGUCAAUUAUCAGUGACUUUGCUGUAUUUAUCACCAUCUUGACUAUGGUUUUAGUUGACUAUGGCCUAGGGAUACCAUCACCGAAACUUCAGGUUCCCAACGAAUUCAAGCCUACCAGAGAUGACCGAGGCUGGUUGAUUAACCCCCUGGGUGGUAAUCCAUGGUGGACUGCACUGGUGUCUGUGAUUCCUGCUUUGCUGUGCACUAUUUUAAUCUUUAUGGACCAGCAGAUUACAGCAGUCAUCAUAAACAGAAAGGAACACAAACUAAAGAAAGGCUGUGGGUACCACCUCGAUUUGCUGAUAGUGGGAGUCAUGCUGGGAGUGUGCUCCAUUAUGGGAUUGCCUUGGUUUGUGGCAGCCACUGUUCUCUCCAUAUCCCAUGUGAACAGCCUUAAAUUGGAAUCCGAAUGUUCAGCCCCAGGGGAACAACCCAAAUUCCUGGGAAUUCGGGAACAGAGAUUCACUGGGUUGAUGAUCUUUGUGCUUAUGGGCUCAUCUGUGUUCAUGACCUCAGUGCUGAAGUUUAUUCCAAUGCCUGUGCUGUAUGGAGUGUUCCUUUACAUGGGAGCAUCAUCAUUAAGAGGCAUUCAGUUCUUUGAUCGUUUAAAACUCUUUGGGAUGCCAGCCAAGCACCAGCCGGAUUUCAUCUACUUGCGACAUGUUCCUUUAAGGAAAGUCCAUCUCUUCACUAUAAUCCAGCUCAGCUGUCUGGUCCUGCUUUGGGUAAUAAAGACAUCAAGGGCUGCAAUCGUCUUUCCUAUGAUGGUGUUAGCACUGGUGUUUAUUCGAAAACUGAUGGACUGUUUUUUCACAAAGCGAGAGCUCAGCUGGCUGGAUGACUUAAUGCCAGAGAGUAAAAAAAAGAAAUUAGAUGAUGCAGAACGGGAGGAAGAACAAAGUAUGCUGGCAAUGGAAGACGAGGGAAUAAUCCACUUGCCACUGGAAGGAAAUUACAAGGAAGAUCCUGCAAUGGUUAACAUUUCCGAUGAAAUGGACAAAACGUCUGUCUGGAAGACUCUCACCAUGAAAACUGAAAACACAAAAAACAAAGACGUGCCCUCUAAAAGCUUUCACUCUAGUAGUGAAGGAAGACUGGAGAAGAAAGCGGAGACAGGGAAAGGCAUUGACAGGGAGACAUGUCUAUAACCUGCUCCUCAGUUACAUUGCUGUUUUCACAUGAAAGACAACAGUGUGCCAGUUAUAUAGUGGGGUAGACUUUACAGUAUGUAUAUUUUGUCACGUAAGUCUGUAGGUAAUUGUGUAAAGUUAUAUUAUUUGAGUAUAUCAAAAAAUGUACCUGUAUGUUUGUUUUAGAAAACAUACAGUCACCGCUAAAAUAAAUGCAAUUUUUUUUGUUCUCUGUUAUUAUCUUCUCAAAUUAUACCAGCAAUUUAAAAGGAACAUAUCUGCUGAUAAAAGAAAAGAUGUUUUCUGAUAAUCAUUUGGAAUUGUUAAUUCUACUAGAGUUAACUGUUGCUUAAAAACAGUGUAAUUUGAUUUAUGUUACUUUUAAACUAAGUUGGAUGUAUUUUGUAUGUUUUAUAUUUACAUUUUCCUAAAGACCAUGCAAUACUGACCAUUCUCAUGUAUCGUAAAUCAAGUUCGAUUUUCAAUUAUAUAGAUGACAUAUUUUAUAAUUUAACAAGAAAAUAGACAGAGAAUACACAAAAUUAAAGUUGCAGUCCCAUAAAUGAAAUGUGCUAUCAAAUACCUUAAAAAGUGUUGCCCACUUGUGAUAUUAACCAUCCCAAUAUACUGCACACAGGUUUUGUAGUAUUGUCGGGUUUUUUAAACCAAAAGGUGCACAGAACUUCUAUUGACAUUUACUAAUAUGUGAGACUCAAUUAAAAUUAAAAAAUACUACACACCAUCUCACAUGCUUGACUGUAAUGUCUUUCUUGUUCCAACUUUAGUAGUUUAGCUCAGCUUCACGUUUAACAGCUUAUAUCACUGAACACACCACGCUUCAUAGUGUCAUAAGCGGUAUAUUGCUCUGUGGUUGUACAUUU